AUGCGGUUGGGGGCCAAGCGGAGGGGUUGGAGCCGCAUUCCCAGCCUCCCCAUUUUUUUACUCGGGACGAUACUGUCUGUGGAUUGGCCAAUCAUUGCUCCAAGUCCAUUUUCACACCGACAGUACUGGUGCUGCUUCGAGAUUGUUGCACCAAACGACCGCUUCCUCAUCGCACGAGUUCGGCUGCCGAAACAUGCGCAUCCUGAGAGCAACGCCACAGACACGGACCAGGAGUACUUGAUCCAAUGCGAAGUUGCGACCAUGGAGUUCCGGCGGGCGAAUGUCGGAACUGUCCCAUUACAAUCUUCCCGUAAGCAUAGUAGUUCUAACCUCUUGGAGGUCUCGACGCAAGAGCACGUUUUUGCACAAUGGACGUCAUUUCAGACAGAGCUUGCCGCGUUUACCUUUCCACAGAUGGGCUCAAUCUCGCAAUUUUCCACAGACACUGGUCCUAUAAUGGGCGCAAUCGCUACAUCUUCGAUUGACGGCCUUCCAACUGCCGGCCCAUUCCAUUCCGGAUGGGACUACUUCGUUGCCGUGGCGGAAGGUCUUGUCGCCCAUGCACUCCAAAGGAAGCGUUCCGACACAGGGAGUAGCCCGUUUGCUACUCUUGGGCCUCUCGUCUUUCGAAAUACCGUGCGCGACACGGAAAUUUUCAAGAGCAGCCAAGGGCCGUUUCACAUCAAUCACAUGGACAUGGGCAUACAGAACAUUCUCAUCGAUGACGACUUUAAUUUCGUCGCCGUGAUUGACUGGGAACUUGCGCAAUCGGCGCCUUGGGAAGUUAAUCACUAUCCCAUGCCGAUCCCGCUGAUCUCCUCCGACACGGAAACUGCCGAGAUUCUCUACGACGCGGGACACAAGGCCCAUCGCAAUAUAUCACGCCAGGUCGGGGCGAGAUUACUGUACCGACAGAAGUUUAAGGACGCGGAACGAGCGCUUGAAAAGAGAGGCAAUUCACUGCACUACUCAAUUGCUGAGCUUCUUGAAGGAAAGGCGUCUAGGAUCUACGGCUUGAGCUCACAUACGAGUUGGUCCCGACUAGGCUACGGGCUUACAGGACCGGAAGCAGAACAGCACCUUCGGAUGCUGGAAGAGGAGACAAAGGGGGCGAUAAUUGCCGCUAUAAUCUUAGACGACAAGUGA